AUGGCAACCCUCCACGAGCUCGUGCCUCGCGCACUCUACAUGGAGCCUGUGUUGCCCCCUGGCUUCAGUGCAAGCAUGGCUGAAUACUAUGUCACUCAUCGCAUUCCCCAACGCUUCAACCCCGGUAUCGUCGUCGCCUCGAUCGCCGUCUCGGCGCUUGGCUCUUACUCCACUCUCCUCCUUCUUGGAAAGCGAACCUCGAACAAGGGUAAGAAGAACAUCUUUCUUCUCUCAUUUGCUGCCACCACCAUGGCUGCUGUCGGUAUCUGGGGUAUGCACUUUAUCGGCAUGCAUAUGAGCCUUCGUCCCAUCGCCGGCGUCAAUUGGUACAUCAAGGUCGACCCCGGCUUCACCGUCCUCAGUCUCUUCGUUCCCGUAAUUGCCCUUCAUGCCGCCUUCUUUAUCGUCGACGCCGCCGUUUCCUUUAGCUUCAUCCGUACCACCAUCUCGGGCAUUCUCACCGGUCUUAUUGUCAGUCUGAUGCACUAUUCGGCCUCGCUCAAGACCAACUACGCGGUCAGCUACAGCCCUACGCUCGUCACCAUCUCGAUCGUCGUUGCCUGCGUUGCCGCCACCGUUGCGCUCACCGGCUUCUUCAAGUUCCGUUCUCAGUGGGAAGACUCGUGGUGGAAGCGAAUGUUGUGCGCCUUUAUCCUGGCCGCUGCCGUAUCUGGCAUGCACUACAUUGGUGUCUGGGGUACCAGCUACAAGGUCAAGGCUUCCACCAUCUCGGGUGCCAACGAGAUCAGUCUAUUGACCGGUCGUCAGCGCAACAACGUUCUCGUCAUUGCCAUUGGCUGCAUGUGCUUUGUCAUCAUCUGCCUCUCAAUCUUCAUUGCCGUCUCAGACGCUCUCAUUGUGCGAGACGCGCGCAGAAGAUCCAAAAAGGUCGUUGUCUGCUCGGCCACUUUUGACAAGCAAGGCCGUCUGCUCGUCAAGCCCGACGGCACCAUGCCUCUCAUGAUUAUCGAGACCGACGUCAACACGCGCGACAUCUUGGAUGCGCUCGACAAUCGUCAGCCCACCUUCCAGUGGCUCUACUCGCUCUCCUGGGACUGGGCCAUCAUCACCCCCUGGCUCCGCGCCAUCACCUCACGCUUCGCUGCCGAAAACCAGCACGCGCAGCGCAACGAGGCGCUCUGGAAGAGUCGCGGCAAAAAGAUGAUUGCUCAGGGCAGACGUUCGUUCGAUAUCUCGGAAGAGCGCCGCAAGGGCCCCCAGAGCUUGGCCGACUUCCGCGACCGCUUCAUCGAUGCUGCCUACCACCUCGCCCACGAGCUCGACAUUCCCUUUGAGCAGAUCGGUGUUCUCUACGACCACGUCCUUCCCACAGGCACUCGAAGGACCGGAUCCAACAGUAACACCAAUAACAACAACAACGACGUCCAAGACAAGUUUGCACCUUCGCGCCAAUUUGCCGACGACGAGAGCUCCAUCAACGGUCCUGUUCCCAGUAUCUUUGGCGAGGGAAACGAUCAGGAGGAAGGUGCCAUGCUCUUCCUCGUGCGCGAGCUUCCCAACUCGGCCGCUUCCACCGAACGUUUCCGACAGAUGGGUUACCGAAUGACCGAGACCCGCUUCCUUGCCGGUGUUCUCGCCGACCGUGUCGCUGUCCAGAAGGAUGAGAUGGAGCCCUUGCUCGACUCGCUCAAGGUCUACGCCAAGCGUGGUACGCGUCCCGUCGUUCAGCCCGGUGGAGUUUACUGUGGUCUCUUUGGCGUUCGCGCUUCUACCAGCAAGGAGGGCGGUCUGGACGUGCUCGUUUACAACUUUGCUCGCCAUCAGAUCCCUGCAUACCGCUUGCCGGAUGUACAGUGCAUCACGCCCGAGAUGAAGACUUUCUUGGGUUCGCUCGAUCAAGCUACCAUGGAGGAAGCUAUGAAGGUGUGCGAGCGUGAGUCAAUCCGAUCCGGCGAACGCCGCAAGUAUCUGCAAUCUAUCUCGUCGGUCAAUGUCGCCGAUAACCACGACAACGAGGCCGAGCAGGAGGCGGUCGAGCUCAUGAUCCAGUUCCAGACGGCUCUUUUCAUCGCUCUCGAUGCCUUGCACAACUCGGUGCGCUUCUACCCCAAGAUCUGCCAGACUGCACGCAUCAGCGCCGAGGUGCUCGAGGUGCCCUCCAGUCUGGACGACUCGACGGCUCCCGCCGAGAUGAUUCUCGUUCAGGCUGUGUUGCCCGAGGCGAGAUCGGCGGUACCCAACUCCUACUCGUCAUCCGAAAGUCAGCAGGUGGUCUCGGAGGUGGUGCCCUCUGACAAGCCAAACUCGGCUACGCCGUUUGUCUUUGUGCCUUACACGCUCUUCUCCAAGUCGCAGAUGAUGCUCUUGCGCGGACGCCAAGCUGACGACUUUGAGCACGAGGUGAUCCUCGAGAUGCGAAGGAGGUACCCGUCUUCGCUGCAGUCCGAGGCAGAGGAGAAGGGUUUGUUCGAGCAACCGCCUAGCCGUAUCACUCACAAAGAGUCGUUCAUUUCGGCAGCCCGUUUCACCAAGGGCUACGCUGGCAGCGAUGACGACGACAAGCUCGAGACUGCUUCCAAGUUCAGCGACGACAACCCUACCUCGCCCGUCACGAACAAGGUCAGCUUGCUGCCCAGUGCCAAGCGAUGGACCGGCCCGCGUGCAUCAAGGGAGGAUGCCUACGAGUACGAACAGCAGCAGCAGCAGCAGCAGCCUCAGCGGGACAUGACUGCGCUGUCGCCUGCUCGUCGUCAGUCGGUCACUAGCUCACGAUCUAGGCAGACCAACGAAGACCACGAGAUGAAGCAGCUCAACGAGGGUCCUCUCGGUCGAAACGACUCGGUGUCCAGGAAGCCCAUUCCACCGACGGCGGUGGCGGCAGGUACAGCAGGAGCUAACAUGAACAGCUCGCUUGGUAUUAGAAGGUUUAUCCAAGGUCAGCAGCAGCAGCCGCAGCAGCACGAUGGUGGCAGCUAUGUGCACCCGGUUGAUGACGCUAUCACGGAGGAGACGCGGGAAGGCGAUCUGCGAUCAGUUUCUUCGAUCGAGAUUGCUGAAAAGGAGACCGCUUACAUGCCUCCGUCCAACAUCAACCUGCGGACCGCCAACAACGCGACUGGUUCCACUUUCGGCCAGCAAGAGCAACGACGACCCUCGCGUCCUUCGACAGCGCCGGCCAAUGUUGUGCGCAGGGAGCUGGGCGUCAUACGUCCUUCGUCGUCUGGCGCUGGCAGUCAGCCGCCGAGUGGCGCAAUGGCUUCUUCGCAGAACCAGCGUCGCAAUCGCACCGCCGUAGCCGCCAACCGAUAUGACGAGGGAAGCCAGCUCGCGAGACUGCAGAGCGACGGCUGGCACACGAGGCAGAUCCAGAGCUUGGAGCGCAGUCCCGCAGGUACGGCCUUGUUGGGCGUUGAUUUUUGA